CUUCUGUCUACGUGCCUCUCACCUCGUACAACCUCUCAUCCUGCCUACAUCAGUCUGGCCGGCGGGGCGUUGCUCUAAGAGAAUUUCUCAGCAGCAGGUGUUUGAAAACUUGGAAAGAUGUCUGGAUUUUUCCAAAUGUUGAGGAAGAAAAAGGAGCUGAUCCCUCUGAUAGGGUUCAUGGCUUUUGCUGCAACAGGAGCCACUACUGCUUCUCUCUACUUUCUGUUUACUAAACCUGAUGUUAUUUUGAAUAAGACCAGAAACCCAGAACCCUGGGAAAGACUGGACCCAUCCAAACCACAAAAGCUCAUCACCAUCAAUCAGCAGUGGAAGCCCGUGGAGGAGCUGGAGCUGGUGAAGAGUCUCACCAAGUAAAAAAAACAACAAACACAAAACCAAGGCGGGCAUCUCCUGUAAAAAGUCUGACCAGCUGCCUGCCUCCCCCAUCAGUCUAACAGAAUCCUUUCUGCACAAACUAGGAUGCUUUGACACUCAGUGUGCGGAAAUGCUUCUGCUCAACUGGUGGGGUUUGACCCUCCUCUGUAGCGACCCGUCUCCAGGACGUCCAUCCACAUCAACACCCGAAAACAAGCUGGGAACAGAUUCUCAUACUGCCGUGAAGUCUAUGUGAGGAAAACGUAGAAUAAACUUCAUCUGGAUUUCUUUGAUUACAGCAAGACAGAAUAUAGUCUAAUAACCCUUAGAUGCUCCAGUGAUUGGAGCCUGCACUCUUCCAUAAGUGGGUCAAAAAUGACCCAUAUAAGAAUCAGUGUUUUUAUGCCAUUUUUGUCAUUUUGGUUAAGAAUAAUUAUUUGUUUUCAUGUUUGAAAUAUGUUUAUUUUCCUUUUUUUUUUUUAACAGAUUUUGACCAUUUUAAUAAUUGAAAAAGAAGAAUAUUACACUGAACAGCAGUAGAAGAAUGUCAACAUCCAUUUUUUAGACAUUUUUUCAGCUCUUUUCCCCCAGCUGUUGCUGCUCUCCGUGAGAUAUCAGCAUCUCCUCUUAGCCUCAUUUGAUUCCCAAGAAGUGUGUUUGGCCUGCAGACACACUGCUAAUAACCUGAAUUUAGCUGGAAGAGGUACAGAAUAAAAGGAUACGGCUGGUGAUGUUUUGUAGUUUUUGCAGCAAAAGAUCCCGUGAACAUACAAAAAACAGCAAUUAAUCCAUUCAGAGUCUGUCUCUGUAGUUGACCCUUCAUGCUUUGUUCCAGAAUCCUCCAUUAGCCUUUUUCACAGCAGCUGUAUCCACUCAGCAAAAUGAGAAAAGCACAGGUGUUACUAAUUGCAUUAAGUGUGGAUUCAAUACAUUGAAUAAAGCUGUUCAAAGGGUUUUAGAGCAGUGACACUGCUAAGUGAGACUUAAUGUACUGCAGACAGUUUGACUGGGCAAAAACAGGCAAAUGGCUACGGCCUUCAUUUGAAUACCGGGCAUCAAAUACUUCAUUUUCUGUAUUCUGGUGAAUUUUUAUGCACCAAUUUUAGCAUUUUCUGCAUCAAUUUAUGCUAAAAUAAAAUGUCUAUUUAUGGAAGCAACCCCCUUGGAAACACAAAAAUGUAUCUGCAUUUUAUUAUGUUUUACACAAUAGAUUCAGUAGUUGUUGGAGCUCAUAAUUCAUUUAUUUUGAUUGUAAAAAGUAAAAAGACCUGCCUCUGUACUGUA